GUACGGUUGAAAGAAGCUAACUUCAUAAAUAUGUAAAAUAAAUAUUGCCUCUGUUGUAAAAAGAUAUAUAAAAAACCUUCUCUGUCGGCACUGCCCUAUCAACAUCAGCGCCUCCAACCUCGAAACCAUUUUUCCAUGAUGGAAAAUGCAACCUAACCACAUUUUAUCUUUAAUUUAUUUUGGGUAGUUGUGCAUCAUACCACUUUUUUACUUCUAGGUGUUUUCAUUAAUUUAAUUCAAAAGUGUAUUAAGCGAUAUACUUAAUAAUGACUAAACGGCGUAGUUUUUCGACGAGUUUUUCCCCAAUGAAAAUGGAAAUUAAAGAGGAAAAUGUAGGAAAUGAUUAUUUGAUGGCCAAAGGUAGGCUAAAAGGGGCUCUUAAGCAGUUAACAGAAAGGUCUUCGGAUGAAGACAGUGAUAGCUCUGAAGAUGGACAGUCGAAAAGACGAAAAAGCUACAAAAAGAAGAGAAGUGAGACUGUUCCUACCCCAUACCAUCAUACCUAUGUAAUGAAGCUCUAUGAUCGGAGUGUGGAUUUAGCCAGAUUCGAAGAAGAUACUCCUUUGUAUCCUCUCUGUAGAGCAUGGAUGGAAAAUCAACCAAAAAAUCCACAAAGAAUCAUCAAGAGACGGAAUUCAUCUCCAGAACCCACGGAUUCGACUUGGGAUAGUUCUGGAGUCGACGUGAAGAGACUGCCACCUCCCUCCAUACCGUUUGAAACUCGUGUUCCAUCUCCACUACCUGAACAGCUUCUUCAAAGCAAGGAUAACAUCAACCUAAACUAUGAUGAAUGCCCUCCAGUGGACAAGAAUAUUUUGAUACGAAAUCACCUCCAAAGAUGGGUUAAAGUGAAAAAGAAGUGGAUUGCAGCUGCUGAAAAUAAUGAAGAACGAUACGCUUAUAGUUUCAAUAUCCUUCAGAAUAUCUAUAACAAGGCUCAAGAUCAUAUGGAAUAAUUCGUUCAACGAGGGAAGGAAAUAUACUUUCUGAGAGUUCAUUAAUAAUUAUUUGAAAUAAAAUAUGUUAACAGUAAACAAUGUUCUUAUCGAAACUAAAACAAGGAAUUCACAACACAAUUACAAAUGCAAAUAGUUUGUGUCCUAAAUAAAAAUUGCCUAUA